AUGGAUCCCCAGAUGAACAAGCUCCUCAAAUGGAGUGUCGCCAACUCUCAGGUCUCUGAGGGUGCGGAGAGUGGUACUCCCAAUGCCCCAGAAGCCUCCAAGGGGCUGACUCCGGAUAUGGUCAGGACAUUGUUCGGCGGCCCUUCCGAGGCUGAUCUCAUGCGCGCCGCUAUGGAGGUUGUGCACUCGGAUGAAGCCGACAUGGAGAACAAGUUGAUCGCCAUGGACAACUUCGAGCAAUUGAUCGAGGGAAUUGACAACGCCAACAACCUGGAGCCCAUGGGUCUGUGGACUCCGCUGGUCCAGUUGCUCAAGCACGACGAAUCCGAUCUGCGACGCAUGGCCGCCUGGUGUAUCGGAACUGCCGUGCAGAACAACGAGAAGGCCCAGGAUAAGCUUGUUCUGUUGAACGCCAUCCCCGAUCUCGUCACCAUCGCCACAACCGACUCCAACCCCGCUGCGCGCAAGAAGGCUAUCUACGCCCUCUCCUCUGCCACCCGCAACUACCAACCCGCUAUGAACGAGUUGGUCAAGAGUUUGCCCGAGGGCUACCCCACCGACAAGAAGGAUGCCGGUAACAUGGACGACGUGGACGCCAUUAUGGACAAGCUGCGGGCUCACCCCGUCGAUGCCUCAGCCUGA